GUCAAUAUUAAAUUUAUUCGCGAAGUAGCCCUAGCCGAAGUAGAAUAACAUGGGUAACAGGACUAACAGGCUACUACAGGCUUCGUUUUGUUAAAAACGUUUUAAAUUACUUCUAAAGAGUGAAAUCUACACUGUAUUAUUUAAUUGUGGUUUUUAGAAAGGAUACUUUUUGUGAUCUAGGCAAUCCAACACAUUACAAUGAGAUUAUUUCUUAGCCUGUUGUGUCUAACAGUAAUACUCCACUGUUCCUAUGCUCCUCCGGUCACUCCCGAUAAGUCUGAUGAAAAAGAUAGCGAGAUUAAAGAUGAUCUGGAAGAGUACAUGGAAUACCACCGCUACUUGAAAGAAGUUGUGCAAGCCCUGGAGAGUGACCCUGACUUCAGGGAGCGCUUGGAAAAGGCAGAUCAGGAGGAUGUGCGGUCGGGUAAGAUAGCAGAGCAGCUGGACUUCGUGAACCACAACGUGAGGACCAAGCUGGACGAGAUCAAGCGGCGCGAGCUGGAGAGACUACGCCAUUUGGCUACGAAGCAAUACGAGUUGACAAAUCACCUGGACACGGACAUGGGAAAAGUACCUACUAACGAGCACUUGGACCACAACAACCCUCACACCUUCGAGAUCGAGGAUCUGAAGAAACUCAUCAAGAAGACCACUGCUGACUUGGAAGCAGCGGACAAGGAGAGAAAGAAACAGUUCAAGGAAUACGAAAUGGAGAAGGAAUUCGAGAAGCACCAAAAACUGGAAUCAUUGGAUGAGACUCAAAAGAAAGAGUACUUAGAAAAGGAGAAACAGGAGGAGGAUGCAAAGAAACACCAUAAGCCGCUGCGACACCCUGCGACCAGGCAACAGUUGUUAGACUUGUGGAAAACCGCCGAUAAUAUGGACCCGAAAGACUUCAACCCAAAAGUGUUUUUCAUGAUGCACGACGUGGACGGCAACGGCGUAUGGGACGCGGACGAGGUGAAGGCGCUGUUCAUCAAGGAGCUGGACAAGAUGUACGGGCCGGGCGGGCCCAACAAGGACCUGCGCGAGCGCGCGGAGGAGAUGGAGCGCAUGCGCGAGCACGUGUUCCACGAGAACGACCGCAACCGCGACGGCCUCAUCGACUUCCACGAGUUCAUGCUCGAGACGCAGCGCGCAGAGUUCAACCGGGACGAGGGCUGGAAACCGAUCGAAGAAAACCAAAUUUACACGCAGCAGGAAUAUGAGGAGUUUGAGAGGAGACGGCUAGAUGAACUGAAAUACCUGCAACAGCGAGGCUUGAUUGACGCCCACGGUCGGCCGGUGCCGGGAGCCCACCACCAGCUCCAGCAGUACCAGCAGCAGCAGUACGCGGCGCAGCAGCAGGCCUACCACCAGGCGCAGCAGCAGGGCUACCACCACCCGGCCCAGCCUCAUUACCAGCAGCAAUACCAGGGACAACCUCCCCAGGGCCAGUUCCAAGGGCAACCGCAGGGUUACCAGGGAUACCAGGGCCAGCAACCGCAGGGAGGAUACCAAGCGCCGCAGGGACAGUACCCAGCUCAGCAACCUCCGCAAGGGCAGUAUCCAGCCCAGCAACCUCCGCAAGGGCAGUAUCCAGCCCAGCAACCUCCGCAAGGGCAGUACCCAGCCCAGCAACCUCCGCAAGGACAGUACCAAGCUCAACCACCUCAACAACAGUUCCAAGCUCAACCGCCACAGGCGCAGCAGCCCAGCCUUCCACAGAACCAGGGCCAGCCCCAACAGUAUCAAGCUAAGCCGGAACAAGCCCAGUUCCAGCAGCCUCAAGGUCAAGCGCCGCCGCAGCAAUACCAGAAUGUGAACCAGCAGCCGCCGGCGCCAGCGCAGGGUCACCCACCGGCCCAGGCACAAGCACCCGCUCCGGGCCACCCGCCGGCCCAGGGCCAAGCGCCGGCACACGCAGACACCCCUAAAUAAGUAAUCUCCAAUCGAAUGUAAAACUACUUUUUGAUAUAGUUCGCUUCAGGUUUUAUAUUGGUGGCUUAGACAAAGGAACAGAAAUGCAAAUGUUACAGUUUGAUAGUUCUUCACCAACCCAUAAGUUUUAUUUUAACUAUAAAACUCCCGUGAGACUCAUACAUAUUUAAAAAUAUUUUAAGCGGGUUACUCACGUAUUAAGUCGAUAUAGCGUUCGACAUGUUUCGGUUCAAUUUCGAGAACCUUUCUCAAGAGUAGCGACCCCGCCUUUACAUGUCGAGAGCGCGACGCAUACACCUAUACCGAUGCUAUAUCGACUUAAUACGUGAGUAACCCGCUUAAAAUAUUUUUAAAUACAUACGUUUUAUUGUUUAUAAAAAUCAAAUUUACAGGUAGUAGCGCCCUAAAAUAAUAGCAAAAUCUCAGUUACAUCUAAAAACAACUUUUAAGAUAUCACACCAGUCAUUUGUAAAUUUAAUUAUAUAAUUAUUGAAAUAUCUAUAAGAUCUUAAAAUAUCGAUAUGUGGCGAGCAAUAAAACGAUUUACAAUUGACUUAGUGCGUUGUGGUAUGUUGCUGUGCAACACAAUUAAUUUAGCUGUGCGAACCAUGACUUGUGUCUCUUAUUAUUCUUCUGUCUGUAUAGUAUGUACAAAGAUGUGUUUGCCUGUAAUUUGUGGUUUUCCCUUUACAUACAAACGCCUUUUAGCUGAAAAUGGAAAUCGCCGAAGGACACAACGUAAAUCGAAGUCUCUACCUGUAUCUUGGAAUGAAAUUCGCUACCUUUUUGGAACUGUUUUGUCCCAAUAUUUGUUUUAAUUCACGUGUUGUGCCGAAUUAGUGUCAGUUUCAAAUUACAUUACAUAUUUGUAAUAGUUUAUGAUAGACGCUUUGAAUUAUAAAUUGUUAUGGCA